AUGGACCGUGGCGCAUUCGACGGCUCGUUCAAGAUUUACGUGGAGGAUCCCCGAAAACCGGGCCCCGACAUCGAAACGGGCCGCAUGGGGCCCGGCCCGUACGGUAUGGAGAUGUUCGCCAAGGAAGUGGACAAUGUGAAGGAGGACAUGAAGAGCAUGGAUAAGCUGUACGGUCAGGUGCACGAGUCGAACGAGGACAUAAAAGUCGCGCAGAAUGCGGCCGCCAUGCGGGAGCUUAGAGACGAGGUCAACACCGACCUUGACCACGUCAUCAAGCUCGCAAAGCAGAUCAACAAAAAGUACGAUGGGCUUGUCCGGGCCAAUGCGGCCCAGAGGAGGGUCGCGGGAAGCGGGCCGGGCUCGUCCGACGAUAAUACUCGGGCCAAAAUGAUUUCGGAGCUCGGUGACAAUAUCAAGCAAACGAUGCGAAGGUUCCAAGGGCUCAGGGUGCAGAUGGAGACCGACCACCGGCAACUCAUCGAGAGCAGUCUCCUUCUGAAUUCAGUUGUUUCAGUAGGGGAAUUAGCCACUUUGGCAGCCGAGGGGCAGGCCAAGGCCCCCGGCCCGCCGAGCCCGGUCGAGCCGGCCGCCUACUCGCCGGGCGUGGGCCCACCGGGAGGCCCGCCGAAGGCGGGGGGGCCCGCAGGAUUGAACGACUACGAGAGGGAGACUCGGAACCAGGCGUACAUAGCCAUAGCGGUGGCGCUCGUCAUCAUUAUCUCCGUAAUCGUGUCGCUCCUCAAGGUCGAGAACCAGCUCGAGAACGACGGGACUAGCUAA